CCAAAACCGUGCCCUUUUUUGGGCUGAGGGUUACAUCAUCCUCAACAUUUUCUUUCGUCGAAGAUCCUCGACGCUUCGCCCCUCAUUUGUUGCUGCUGCUGCCCCUCUUCUUAUCUCCUUCCUUCACCUAUCUCGUCUAAUGAAUCACUCUUCCUCUGCUGCCAUUGUCACUCUCUUCACGGUCACUCCAUAGACGGUUGUUCACACGACGAUGGUGCUUUUCCACUGGUUCGACUCUCUCUCUCUCUCUUUUUUUUUUCUCUCUAAACUUUAUUUCAAUUUGAAACUUGUGGCUGUGUAGUGAGGUUUCUGAGGGAACCUAUAGCGCGUGACUAACAAUCUUUAGGUGGCCAGAGGCUGUAACCCUUAGUGCUAAUGUCAAUAUGAGGUAAUCAUUUGGUUGAUCAUUACUGUCUGUCUAUAAUGUAACUAUGUUUCAAAUGGAUGGAUUGUUGUAUGAAGUUCUUUUAUAGUUUAUUUGAUGAGCUAAUACGUUUUAUAGUGUAAUUAUAGUUUAGAAAUGGAAUGGUGUUUGUAGUGAAUUAUUCAUGCAGUCUUUAUUAAAAUUUCUGUUUUUUUUUUUUUUUUUAAAAGAACGGAUUUUGGUGGGUUUAGGUAGUAGGCGGGUAUUUAAUUGGGUUUGGACCGUUACAGGCAGUAGGGAUGUUUCUGUUUGGGUAGAGUAAUUCUUCUAGUACCCUAUUCAAUGCAAUUCCUUGCCGCAAAGGAUUAAUUUUUAUCAGGUUUGGCAUGUGUAUGUAGUGGGAACAAUUUAUGUGGAUACCUCUUUAACUGUGGGGAGUUUCUAUGAUAACUUUGAUUUUUAGGAAGUAAAUCAUACUCUGUCAAUAACUACCAUUAGAUGAAUUGUUAAAAUUCAAUUCAAUAGUGUAAUAUAUAAUAUAAAAAGUAUAAUCAAAGCAAGUUAAAAUCAAAAUAACUAUAGAAGACGCCUUAACUAUGUUAUGACUUAUCAGAUUAUAAUAAUUUAUUUGUGAACUUUAGUUUUCAAAAGUUUCAGUUUCCCUAUAAUUAGCCACUUUGUGAUAUAAUAAAGAAAACAAAACAAGAAGAGAAGAUAAUACUAUGGAGAGCAAGAAAGGUUCCCCAAAGCGGCGAAGAUUGGUUGAACACAACUCUCCUUCUGUAUUUCCUUCUCCACAAAUCAUUGAUAACCCACUUGUGCCCUACAAUGAUGAUGAAGACGAUGAAAGAAGAGAAUACAAUAACCAUAAUAGACCAGGUGAAUGUGGACAAAAUGUAGCAGGCAAUGGCUAUCAAGGUCUAGAAGAAGAUGAUGAUGAUGAUGAUGAUGAUGAUGGACAAGGGUCCAAUCAAGAGAUCCGGAGGAGUCAAAUUGAGCCUCGUGAAGAUUGCCCCUAUCUUGAUACAGUGAAUCGUCAGGUGUUGGAUUUUGAUUUCGAGAAAUUUUGCUCUGUCUCUUUGUCAAACCUGAAUGUGUAUGCGUGUUUGGUUUGUGGGAAAUAUUACCAAGGGAGAGGGAAGAAAUCCCAUGCAUAUACUCAUAGCCUUGAAGCUGGACACCAUGUCUACAUUAAUCUUCAGACUGAGAAAGUUUACUGCCUUCCUGAUGGAUAUGAAAUUAUUGACCCAUCACUAGAUGACAUACGGCAUGUUCUGAACCCAAGGUUUACUAGGGAUCAGGUUGAGCAACUUGACAAAAAUAGACAAUGGUCCAGGGCACUUGAUGGGUCUGAUUAUCUUCCUGGAAUGGUGGGCCUGAAUAACAUUAAAGAGACUGAUUUUGUCAAUGUCACUAUUCAGUCUCUAAUGAGAGUUACACCCUUAAGAAAUUUCUUCCUUAUCCCUGAAAAUUAUCAGCAUUGCAGAUCUUCUCUUGUUCAUCGUUUUGGAGAACUCACGCGGAAGAUAUGGCAUGCUAGGAACUUUAAAGGACAGGUGAGCCCGCAUGAAUUUCUCCAAGCAGUUAUGAAAGCCAGUAAAAAACGGUUUCGCAUAGGGCAACAGUCUGAUCCUGUGGAGUUCAUGGCAUGGCUUCUUAAUACACUACAUGCAGAUCUUAGAACUUCUAAGAAAAAUAACAGCAUCAUUUAUGAGUGCUUUCAGGGGGAGCUAGAAGUUGUAAAAGAGAUUCCUAGCAAAGUUAUAGCUGAUAAGAAGGAAAAUGGUGAUGCCCAGAAUGGCAUUCCAAAAAAUACUGAUGGUGGGAAUGAACAUCAUGAUGUUGUCACAGAAACAUCUAGAAUGCCAUUCUUGAUGCUUGGACUAGAUUUGCCACCACCGCCUCUAUUUAAAGAUGUGAUGGAAAAGAAUAUAAUACCCCAGGUUCCUCUGUUCAAUAUACUGAAGAAAUUUGAUGGUGCGAUGGUGACUGAAGUUGUCCGCCCUUGUGUAGCCCGGAUGAAAUAUCGAGUCACUAGAUUGCCACAGUAUUUGAUACUCCAUAUGCAGCGGUUCAAAAAGAACAACUUUUUUAUUGAGAAAAAUCCAACCUUAGUCAACUUUCCUGUGAAGAACUUGGAACUGAAGGAUUAUAUGCCUUUGCCAAUGCCUAAAGAGAAUGAGAAAUUGCGUUCCAAGUAUGAUUUGAUUGCCAAUAUUGUUCAUGAUGGAAAACCCAAGGAAGGAUUCUAUAGAGUUUUUGUGCAGCGGAAAUCAGAGGAGCUAUGGUAUGAGAUGCAGGAUCUGCAUGUUUCUGAAACUCUUCCCCAAAUGGUUGCACUAUCUGAGGCAUAUGUGCAGAUAUAUGAGCAGCAGCAGUGGCAUUAGGGGGGAAUCCAUUAUUGUCUGUAGUUCAUUAUAGGUACAUGGAGUUUUUAACUUCUAUAAAUGUUUGCAAGAAAAAGAUCAGAACGAGAAGACUUGAGUUAGGAAAAAUAUUGAAUUUUGAUUGAAGAAAUUAGUUAAAUCUGUUGACAUGAAAAGAAUCCAUCUUUGGGAAACAUGUAACUUACCUUGAAACUUGAUUUCAUUUCCCAAUAUGAGAUGUACAGUAUUGCGAAUGCAGCAGCUAUCAUGUUUGAAAGAAAUUCAAUUUCUGGUUUUGGGAGUUGA